UAAAGCUUGGUGGACUUUCGUGUCAUUUGUUCCGAGUUUGGAGCUAAUUGACCAUAUAAUCACCUGUCUUGCUUCUUUUUGUUUCUCCCCCCGGAUUUUCCUCUGCUCUCUCUCCACUCGGUCUUCGAUUAUACACAGCAAGAGGUCGCCCCACGCCUUGAACUCGACCAUGGUAUUCAAGACACUCGGUGCAAAGGCUGCAGCCGCCCUGGACAGGGAGCUGAUGAGCACAGGUGCCUUCUCCAUCGACCAGCUCAUGGAGCUCGCAGGACUGUCUGUAUCCCAGGUUGUGUACCGCGUCCAUCCCAUCAACAAAGGCCGCAGGGUUCUGGUCGCUGUCGGCCCUGGCAACAAUGGGGGUGACGGUCUUGUGGCAGCCCGACAUCUGCGCCAUUACGGUUAUCAACCAACCAUUUACUACCCCAAACGCAGCAAAAACGAGCUUUACCAGCGCCUCGCCAAACAGUUGGAAGACCUGGAUGUUCCCUUCGUCGACGAUUUCCCCAAGGCGUUGAGCUCGGCUGAUCACGUUGUCGAUGCUAUUUUUGGUUUCAGUUUCUCUGGAGAAGUUCGAGAGCCGUUCCCAGCCGUCAUCAACGCAAUGGCAGAGACCCAGGUCCCCGUGACCUCCGUGGAUACCCCCUCAUCGUGGGAUAUCGAGGAGGGCCCGCCCAAAAGUGGUGUCGGUAGUAAUUUUCACCCUAACUUCCUGAUCAGCUUGACAGCUCCAAAGCCCCUUGUCAAACACUUCAAGGGCCGUCACUUCAUUGGAGGACGCUUCGUCACACCCGCAAUCGCAGCAAAAUAUGACUUUGACGUUCCCGAGUACGAAGGGCUCGAUCAAGUUGUCGAGGUUGGACCCAGCGGUCAAAAGCUCUAACGUGGUUCGGGAGGGUCGAAACAGGCGUCUUGGUGUGGUUUCCGUCUCUGUUGUUGUUGUUGUUGUUCUUGUUGUUCUUGUUUCUGCUGCUGCUACAUGACGGCACAACCUCCGUUCCGACUGUUGGGGCAGACAGGACUCGGACAGCCACCCUCUUCCAUUUCAACACGAACGAUGGUGGUGCCGUUGGGACAAGUCACCAACGGUGGGUGGUAGUCUUUGCAAAACUCGACGAAGACCAGGUAAUCCUUCCCGCAGGCUGGGCAGUUACCGGUCGUGUGCUCAGUGCACAUUAAUGAAGGCGGGCUCAGUGGGCUAGUACCUCACGGCCUGGAAGAGAUGACAGCACAGCAAAGAGGUGGUGGGGAGGGACGGCGGAUCUGUUCGGAUGCUGGUGAUGCUGGUGGUGAAGCUCGAGGGUGUGUGUAGGAAGAGCAAGAGUACUCAUGGGAUUCUGUUGAUGAUGACUAUGCCCGUGUAGAUGCCCUGUUGCCGAUGAAUUCGUGUUGCUUUUCUCGUCUGUGGUGUGGUUGUCUUGGUGUGGCUCAUGAUAUAGGGAAUGGUUUGGCGGCGACUAAAGAUGAUCGGCUCUGGCUGCCCCGGGUUAGGGGAGCCUGAAGAAAACCCGGGAAUUUCGUUCUUGUCUCCUCUCGAGGCUUCCGUCUUUUGGUAUGUGGUUUGGCGUCGUAUGUAAGCUUAUUGGGGGAUAGCGAGCGGGCAGGGGUGGAGGGAGCAAUAGGUACCUCCUGAGAGCUCAACGGAACCAUGGGCUUGGCACUGGGCUUCACUGCGGCCAGGGCUCCCGACCAGCUACAGGCAGUGACGGACAGCUGGUUCUCGCCACCUCACCCACUGCAGACGAAAGGUGCAGCGUAGGGGACGGGUCAGUGUCUGGGGGCGACGGCUUCGACUUUGGACCUGGCUGGCGUGCUGUGGCAAAGGCAUAGCAUGGUGACACGUCGAAAGGGUCCUGAAAGGGGAAAGAAGACUGUGGGCCACACACCCGGCAAGACAAAUCCGUCAUUUUCCAGUGCACGGCGGAAUAUAUUCGGUGCAUCCGUAAUCCGCAAGUCUUUUUUUUUCUGCUGCACCACCUGGACCUGUCUUCAAGCAUCUCCUUCGUACAGGCCCGGACAGAUUGCUCCGGAAAAUGUGGGGCUGCGGCAGGCGGCGCUUACAAGCCAUGCGCAGCCCUGGGAAGGAGACCCUCUUUCUCAAGCCCCACCAGCGGACGUUCCCACUGCUUUUAUACUUGUAAAGCCCUUUCCAUCUUCAUCCGGAUGCAGGUGUUUCCGUGCUUUCUACCGAUCGCUCGGUAUUCUGUCAACAGCCUCAUCCAUGGUGGAACAAACGUGGAAGCUUCUUCCCUCUUGCCCCUCACCGCACGUGAGAAAGACCGAGUUCUAGAAGGGACCAUACCGUACGAGGGCUGCGGGCAGCUAUUAAGCUCGUUCUUGGCUCAACUGACAAUUGAGACUCUUGACA